AUAGCUAGGUGGGCCCCUUGUAAAUUGCUAAAAUUGAGCUCAGUUGAAUUACUGAUAAAUCCUACACCCAAAUUCCUUCAAAAAAGAUUAGCUGCGUACAAAAAUAUGGCAAUAGCGAAAUCGGAUGGCUACAAGAGUUGCUUCAGAGUUGUUUGUUAGCAGGUUGUCGUUUUACAUAACAACUGGGGAAUUGGAGAGGUUAUUUUCGCCCUUUGGCUUAAUUGAACAAGUAAGGCUUGUCAAAGAUCCUAGGACCCAACGGUCGAAAGGUUUCAGUUUUGUCAAAUUUGUGCGUGAAAUAGAUGCUAAAAAUGCACUCAAGGCUAUGAAUGGCAGGAUAGUGAAUAGCAGGUUGAUUUUUGUGGAAUUAGCAGAAACUACAAAUCUCGGGGAGUCGUCUUCCUGAAUGCAUGAUAAUUUCCUUGACCCAGAAUUUGAGACAAAUAUCUUGACAUAGAUACCUGAAUCAACAUGGGAGAGCUCUUGGCAUUUUCUCAGUCGGCUCUGCUGUUAUUACCCACAUCUCCACUCCGCACUUCAAGGAAACAUCAUCUUCUCACCAGUUGCAGCCGGUCAUCACUAUCAGUAACUACACCCAUCGCUCACCUGUCAAAAGAUAUCUUUCCCACUUCUCAUGGUGGGCGAAACCAAUGUUCUUGGAGGACUGUAGCUGGACUCGUCUCGGACUCCAAGGUGCCUACCACUUUUACAGUUGAUUCAGCUGGGGAAGGCAUUGAUAUUCUACCAGACUCUGGGGGUUCUGACGACAGCAUUGUUGGAGCUGGUGGCAACGGUGGUGGUGGAGGAGGUGGAAAUGAUGGUAAUAACGGAGGCGGGGGAAAUGAAGAUGAGAGCCAUGAGAAAAGUAGAGGCAUGUCGAUCUCCCAGAAACUUACACUAGGCUAUGCUGCCUUGGUUGGAAUCGGUGGAGCAAUGGGAUAUCUCAAGGGUGGAAGCCAGAAGUCUCUAAUCGCGGGUGGAGUGUCAGCAUCAGUACUGUUUUUCGUCUACACCAUGCUUCCGACAAACCCUUUUCUGGCAUCUUCAGUCGGUCUUCUUCUCUCCGCAUCUCUUCUUGGAGUGAUGGGAUUGCGUUUCAAGAAGUCGGUGAAGAUCUUUCCAACUGGUAUCGUCACCUUUGUUUCGCUAGUCAUGACCGGGGGCUAUAUGCAUGGAAUUCUCCACGGUCUACACUGAUCCGACGAGGCUGUGCGCCUUUUUCUUCGGCCUUCGACUCAAAGUGCAGCAGCGAGGAUUCUGCAUUGUUGGAUGGAACUCUGCCCUUUUUGUUAUGUACUUAGAACUCAGUGUUGCUUAGUAGGAGUAAGAGUUAAGCUGUAUUAACUGAAUCAUUUCUCCGUUUCAAUUAAGCUAACAUGAGAAUCCAAUUGACUGAAAAA